CUUAUACAGGUUCAUCUAUGUGAGUAUGCCAAGGUAGUAUGCCAUGGAGGGAAUGCUGGGAAGGUGCAGAAGAGGACAUGAGGAAAUUUUGAUGAAAAUCAUAAAAGGUUCUGUCUUCAUUUUGCUGACUCAAACCACAGAUUCCAAGGAAAGGAGGGGAAGUGGAAUAAAAUACUCAAGUGCCAGAGGAAAAGCCAGGCUAGUGAAUGCAAAUGACUGUUACUAAACUGUAGAUGGCUCUCGCAUAGUGGGAGAAUAAAUUGAUAUUCCUUCAAAGGUUAUAGAAUUACUUUCACAGACUUUCCUUACUGAACUUCAAACAGGCUAAAACCCUUCAACUACAGUUGAAUUAGGAAAUGGGACCUCCAUCUCCCUCCUGCUCUGCAGGGCUUCUUGUUUGGGGUAGGAAAUACUGAAUAAAUUGAAUGGCAUCAACCAAACUUACAGUUGAUGGUUAUGGAUAAUACAAGAACCUCAGAUUUGUCUUUGCAAUGACACCCAAUUAAGACAAAGGUUGGAAAUUGCUCGCCAGCUACUUUCUCAAAACUUGUAGUAACUAUUACGGUCAUGCUUUCUCUCUCUAAGAUUUGAACUCUGGGGUGAUGUUCCCUGGAAGGCACAAGCAGAUAAGUCAUCUUUUUGGACUGGAAACGGAAAAAAUAUGAGAAUGCCCAGAAGAGGCUUAGUAAUUCAAGCCAGGACUCGUUGGUUAUUAGUGGGCCUUGCUUUACUGUUCAGUUUAGUCUUACUCAUGUAUUUGCUUGAGUGUGCUCCACAAACAGAUGGUGAUGGAUCUCUACCCGGUGUCGUAGGUGAAAACAUGGGUAAAGAAUACUAUCAAGCUCUCUUGCAGGAACAAGAAGAGCAUUAUCAAAACCGAGCUACCAGUCUGAAACGUCAGAUUGCCCAGUUAAAGCAAGAGCUUCAGGAAAUGAGUGAUAAAUUGAAAUCCCUGCAGGAAAAAAAGAGCCCCAAGGUCAAUGGUAUGAACUCCCAGGGCACCAAAGAACAAGCAUCCAAUGAUCUCCUAGAGUUUCUUCAUUCCCAAAUUGACAAAGCUGAGGUGAGCGUGGGGGCUAAACUGCCUAGUGAAUAUGGUGUCAUUCCUUUUGAAAGCUUUACUUCCAUGAAAGUGUUCCAGUUGGAGAUGGGGCUCACUCGGCAUCCAGAAGAGAAACCUGUUAGAAAGGAUAAACGAGAUGAAUUGGUGGAAGUUAUUGAGGCUGGCCUAGAGGUUAUCAAUAAUCCAGAUGAAGAAGAUGGACAAGAUGAAGAUGAUGGAGUAGGAGAGAGGCAGCUGUAUAGUGAAAAUGAUUUCAUAGAAGGUUACUAUCGUACAGAAAGAGAUAAGGGGACACAUUAUGAGCUGUUUUAUAAGAAGAUGGAUGGCAUGGAAUACAGGCAUGUCACCUUGUUCCGACCUUUUGGACCCCUCAUGAAAGUGAAGAGUGAAGCGGUCGAUAUUUCUAGAUCAAUCAUUAACAUUAUUGUCCCUCUUGCUGGAAGAACUGAGGCAUUUGCACAAUUUAUGCAAAACUUUAGGGAUGUGUGUAUUCAUCAGGAUAAACAUAUUCACCUCACAGUGGUGUAUUUUGGAGAAGAUGGGCUAUCAGAAGUAAAAAGCAUCCUAGAUUCUGUUGCUAGAGAAACUAACUUCCACAAUUACACGCUUGUGUCUCUGACUGAGGAAUUUAACCGAGGCCGAGGACUUGACAUGGGUGCCAGAGCCUGGGAAAAGGGCGAGGUCCUGAUGUUCUUCUGUGAUGUUGAUGUUUAUUUCACAGUCGAGUUCCUUAACAGUUGUCGCUUAAAUGCUGAGCCUGGGAAAAAGGUUUUUUAUCCUGUGGUAUUCAGCCUUUAUAAUCCUGCUAUUGUCUAUGCCAACCAAGAUAUAGCACCCCCUGUGGAGCAACAAUUGGUACACAAGAAGGAUUCUGGUUUCUGGCGGGAUUUUGGCUUUGGGAUGACUUGUCAAUAUCGGACAGACUUUCUUACUGUUGGGGGUUUUGACUUGGAAGUGAAAGGCUGGGGUGGUGAGGAUGUUCACCUUUACAGAAAGUACUUGCACGGUGACCUUAUUGUGAUCAGGACACCGGUCCCUGGUCUCUUUCACCUCUGGCAUGAGAAACAUUGUGCUGAUGAACUCACUCCAGAGCAGUAUCGCAUGUGUAUCCAGUCCAAAGCCAUGAAUGAGGCCUCUCACUCGCACCUCGGGAUGCUGGUCUUCAGGGAGGAGAUCGAGACUCACCUCCGUAAGCAGGCUUACAGGACUAAUAGCGAAUCAGUAGGUUAAAUGUCGCCCCUGUGACAUUUGAUGACUUCAAAUUCACAAUGAACCAGCAUCAUUUUACAGCCUUAAUUCAGCUUAGAAAUGCAGUGCCUCUCUUUUUCAGUGAAGAAGAGUUUAGAGGGAUUUUGGUUCUUGUAUUUGUUUUCUGAGUAAUUCUUUGACUGAUAUGUUAUUACCUACAUAUCUUGUAAGUUCAAGCACCUCAAAUAAAUUGGAAAGCGUAUGUAGUUCAAGGAAAGUGUCUUUAGUAUAGAUUGGAAAAAUCAGUGGAAUGUACAACUCAACACUUUUCCACAUGGUACAUUUCAAUUCUUAUAUUUGCAUUAUUUUAAGAAUUAAAUUAAGUAAUCUUUUGUGUUGUCUUGAGUAUUUUUGGUCUGUUUGGCUCACUGCACUGUGACUUUAGAAGUACUUACACUCCAUUGUAGAAACAAGAGAAAGGUGUGAAAAAGAAUGUCACUGGGGAAGGUAUACGGGACAUGCUGACUGGUACACCAACUGUUCAGGUUACUGAUUUCACAGCAAAGACUUGGUGCCACAUUUGCUUCAUUCUUGCUUGCCACAUUCACAUGGUUGAAUACAGAGUAAUUUGUGUGAAAGGGGAGAAUGAAAAUCUAAGUGAAAUUUUAGAGCAUAUAAAUGUAAUUUCACACUGUGAAAGAGACACCACCUUCUUAUCUUGGUGAUGGAUCAGACAAGUUGGGAAUGUUCCAGUUGGGCGUUUCUGGGUCUGGUCUUUUCCCACAGUAGAUAUCAGAUCACAGAAUCCCUUCUAUAAACUAAACUGUGUUAUUAAACUCAUUUGUUUAAAAAUUUUUAGCCACACUCUUCCGUAUUAAAAGCCCCUGCCCAUACAUCUCAUCCUUUAAGUUGAGGAACCAUCUUUUCAUUCCCAUAAAAAUUUAUUAGAGGCCUGUUUGCUAUUAUGCCAAUAUUGUCCUUUUGCUUUUUCUUUCUGGCAUUUUUCUGACAUGUUUUUGGAAGGCAGUCAGAUACUCUUAGCUGUUUCAGUGACUGAAAAAGCAAGUGCUCUUACAGUCUUUCUUCAUACAAUGCUUUCCAUUCCACUGAUUAUCCUGGUAGCCUUAUUCUUCACUUUUUCAGUUUGAGGGGGUUUCAGGUUUGUUUGUGGGUUGGUGGUUUGUUUGGUUUUUUUUUUAAUCUGUUUUUUUGUUUUGUGUGUGUAGUUUUUUUGAGCAUGCAUAAGCAGAAUUAUCCUGUGGUCUCAUUAGUGCCUUGUACAAUGGCACUACUACUUUACUACUUCCCUUUUGGGUAUUUUGGGAUGCAUAAACAGUUUAAAUGAAGGCAAGUCAUUUUUCUCCAUGUUGUCUUAUAUGCUACCAUAUGGCAUGCCUCAUUUUUAAUAAUUUCUUUAUAGAAUGAAUGCUGAGAAUGCUAAUUCAGUGGUUAAACCAUUUGCAUGGUCUCCACUGAAUUUAGAAAUUGGUUGAAAACCCUUCUCAAACCAGGUAAUUAAGAUCUGAUUAUGAAUUCAGUUUGCUUCAAGAAUUCUGAAGGCAACUAAAGAUUUAAAUGCUUGAUUUCUGAAUAGCAGAUAUGCUGGGCAAUUAGUUCUGGGCACCGAUCCUUUUUAUAUGUACAUAAAAUUUGCCUUUAUGUAACUUAUUGUGGAGAAGUGUACUGUAUUGUACUUAGAAUGAAGAGAAUGCAUUGCAAGACUUCUUGCAGUUGAUAUUCUCAAUAUAAUAAACGGAA